UUGAAGGUAAACUCUUACAUGCCACCACAAGGAAACUGUGUAUUUUGGCGACCAGAAGAGUCUUCGAUUUGGAACUCCACUGGCUGUAGACGUGUGCCCAGUAAAUCGGACACCGCAAUGACAACUUGCGAGUGUGAUCACCUGACAGUCUUUGCUGCACUCAUAGAUCCAUUCGGCCCACCCGUAAGUUAAUGACAACCACGUAUAUAUAUAUAUAUAUAUAUAUAUAUAAUAUGUAGAGGACACACAUGGCUUAACGGAGAUACGAAACUUCUCUUCCGAGUGUUGAAAAAUAUUCGAGUUAACCUUUUUGAAAACGAGAAGAGAAAUAUCGUAUCUCCAAGCGACUAUGUAAGUAAUGUAGUAAUGUUCUAUUUAUUAUAUAAACACCAAUGAAAUACCAAAAAAAGUGUGAUUUAUCUUGUAGCCUUAGCAACGGUGAUCUUUUCAUGUGUGAAGAUAUGUUAUUUUGAAUUCAUAUGUGAUUUUGCGCGUGGUGGUUAUGUAAUAAAAAAUGAGUACCGACGACACACUCCUUGGGAACUCCACGAUGGACUAGCCAAGGAGGAGAAAUAUAAUAAUAUAUGUAAUAAUCAGUCAAAUGAAAAUUUCGUUAAUAAAAAAUACGCUCAAUAAGAAAUUUCUUCGACUUAGAUUUGAAUACACUCAGUAAAAGGUCCUUCGCCCGUAUGAUUUAAGAUUAUAUUUCGGUGUAACAAGAAGAUAUUACCAGAGGAACGCAAUCUUCUUCCAGGAUUGUAAACGGAUAACAGUUCACAAGGAUAUUCAGGUUCCAUGCCGAGUAUUGAUUUGAACGUUAGAAGUAAGAUUUUGUAAUUAAUUCUUUCGGCCACUGGCAACCAUUGUAACCGUUUCCUUAAGGGCGUUAUGUUAUCAUACUUGCCAUUCCCAAUGAGGAGACGCGCAGCAGAGUUCUGGACAUACUGCAGUCUCUGAGUCUGAUUCUUGGAAAGGCCUGACAAAAUGGAUUUACAAUAACCUAGCUUUGAAGUAAUAAAUGCAUGAAUAAGGGUCUCGCAGUGCUGAAAAGAUAUAAAUUUCCCUAUUUUGGCUAUGUUAUGCAGAAAAUGUAGGUUUGCAAAUAGAGGCAAUCUGAAGCUGUUUAUCCAUAGACACCAAAUUGUCGAACCCACACGGCGAUAGCAAUACGCAAUACGUCUACAGGUGGCUGAUCUCAUAGAAGCCGGGGGAAUCUCCCGUCUUUUAUGCACCAGUUAGCUCGUAAUGCCUUUUUAACUGUUGAAAAGAAACAAUGAUCUGGAAUUUGAAUUCCCCGUCAGUCUUGCAGAUCAAUUUAACCGGUUGCAAAUUGUACAUUUGAGUGAAGCGUAAACAGAGAUUGCUCUCGCUAUGUUGUUUGGAAAAGACAUGAAAGGAAUAAGCAAAUCAUUGAGGGCACGACCUGCCCUCUUCCCCUUUCCCUGUAGAAAAUCUGGGUUUUAGCUUUUGGGAUUAAAAAUGCUGCCAGCGACAUUCAGAUAACUAACUAAGAGUUAUUGUUUUGAUACAUAUUACAGACAAAAGAAAGCCACAAGGAAGCCCUGGAAAUCAUUUCUACCGUUGGCUGUUCUAUUUCGUUGGUAGCUGUGGUUAUUACCAUCAUUGUGUUGAGUCUCUUUUCCAGACCACUCAAAGCAGGGGUUAAAGUGCUCAUUAACUUAUGUGCUGCAAUUGCAAUCACUUGUGUGCUUGUAAUAUUUGAGGGAUUGGCACGAAGUAGUAAGGUACGUGCUAGGCCGGUUGCAUUCAAAUCCUUUAAUAUAUGGGUUGUAGUUCAAUUCUAUCCUUGGUUUUAAUUUCAUUUCCCUUUGUUUUGGGUUAUACUAAUGUAUGAUUUAAUGAGUUUGAAACAAAGGAAAAUAACAUUUAAACCAAAGAUAAAAUUAAACCACAACAUUCAUACAUCGAUUUAAAAUGUAGUACAGAUCAAGAAGAUAGUUCGCAGUAACAACAGAGGGUAAUAUUCUCCGCUAAACAGCCAAAAAAAAAAACACAAACACACACACAAAUGAACAAGUAAAUAAAUAAAGAAAGACGCUAACUCAACAGCCGCCCAAUGAAUGUUGUAAGAGCUAUGGAAAAUUAUUGAUAUAUUUAAACAAACCCUUACGUAUUGUUUAAUGACUCCUAGGUUGGUUGUCCUGUGGUAGCGGCGUUUUUGCAGUACUUCUUGCUGGCUUUAUUUUCGUGGAUGCUCUGUGAGGGUAUAUCACUUUACCUAAAGGUCGUCAAACCGCUGGAAUAUGGUCUUGCCAUUGAGGAGAAAAUGAAGUCCUUUUAUCUUUUUGGGUGGGGUAGGUUUGCUCCAAGGCUCAUUUCUACUAUAAGCCCUUGCUGAAUUAAACAAUCGAAAAUGUAGGAUUUAGCCAGUCUAUUUAACCAGACUUUUUAAGAGCGACGGUCAGGAAAUAUCGAACAAAAUCUUGAAUUUCUGGCAAGAGUUUUAAAAUCAAUGUCUUACAUUUUUUGUCUAUUGUUAGCUUUUAGGUAGAUACGAAACCUGAUCAUGUAAAUUUCCUCGCCAAAAGCCUUUUAUUUUCAACAAAAAAAUAAGAAUAUCGAUCUUCAUGGUCGGAGACUCAAAAGGGCCAACACCUUUCAAUGGCUGCCACUGCCUGGGUAAUAAGGCUGUGCGCAUGAGUAAGUUACUGGCCAUAUGGCGGAGUUGGUCGUGUGUGUUUCAGCGCCGAAUUUCGCUAGCAUCAGCUCUUGUUUCGUUCGCAGGCGCUUUCCAUGAAAUUUCAAAUUUCAAAUUCAAAUUUCGACUGUUUCCAUGAAAUUCGACGUUCUCCUUUUAUUUCGUUUGCAGACACUUGACAAAUUUUUACACUUUCCAUCGACGAAAAAAACUCUUUCUUCAGGGGGUGCUUCGUUUUGUUUUUUAAAAGUCCGUUUAGUACCUUAAAAGGUACUUUCAGGGUAAUAGCAAAAAAAAAAACAAACAAACAAACAAAACAAAACUCAUUAGUACUCAUUUUCGACGCUGGUAUUUAGGGUGCGACAGGUUAUUGGCUCCUGAGUGCGACUAUUAUAACCGGGGCCACCCUAACAAAAUUGACCAGUCGGAUUGCAGGAAAAUAACAGUACAUUCCGCAAUAGUAAGUAGUCAAUAAUUGCAAUGGAACGAAAUAAACAGUAGAUCGAAAUUAACCAAUCACAGCCUACAGACGUCGCCUUUUGAACCCGCUGAAGAAAGAGAAGAAAGCCCGUGUUUCCUGAGAGGUCCUGAGAGGUCGUUAUUGUUAUCGUUAUCGUUAUCGCUAUCGUUAGCGUCGCUAUCGUUAGCGUCUUUAUCGUGAUCGUGAUCGUUAUCGUGAUCGUGAUCGUGAUCGUGAUCGUUAUCAUCAUCAUUUUUAUUAUUGUUACCCUUCCCGUCAUAAUAUCAUAGGUGACGAAUUACUCCUUAAUUUUGGCGCGAAAUUUCAGCGUUAAUUUGUAAUUUCACAUUUGAAAUUACAAAAUUGCCAUGGCAACCCUUCCGUACGUCUCAGUGUCAAGAUGGCGACUAAGUUUUAAAUCGCCCUGAAUGAAGAUAUCAGGGCACAAAAAGACGCUUUAGAAAACCUGAACACACAAAAGAACACCAAGAAGGAUUCUAACAGGUAUUUUGCCGAAAAAGUAUGAAAAAUUCUGAACUUUAUAAUUCAAAUUCAAGGUCUCAACAUUUGAGAGAGUAGAGUUCUCGAUCGAUACGAUCCAGGAUAAACAUGUCAAAAAUCCAAGACUGCUAACGUAAUUCGUCACCCAUGAUAUUAAUUAAAAGCGAGGGAAAUUAUUAGGAUUUGGACAAAACGCGAGUGAAAUUAUUCCCUAAUUUCACGAGUAUAGCAUUUGAUUACACAUACUAAUUCAGUUACUACGUUCAAUUAUUAAGUCUUUUCUGGGGGACUAAUUUUCUUGUAAUUGUUUUUAGGUUUCCCAGCCAUUAUAGUGAGCAUUUCGCUGGCUGUCACUCAAACAAAUGGUUACGGUAGCAAAUCAGCUUGUUGGCUGGAUAUCAAGAAUGGAUUGAUUUGGACGUUUAUUGCUCCAGCGUUAUUCGUUAUCUUGGUUGGUGUAAAUUAUUUUGCCUACAGUCUGCUUCAUUUAAGUAUAAGUGAAUUAUAAUUUAUUGAGUGAAUUAGAUAUCAGAUAAGCUUAUAUAUUAUUGCAAAAUUGGUUACACUAGUGGCCAUCUGUUGCUUGUUGGUACUCAAUGUUUUAAAAAAUGGGUAUCUCGCCUGUCUGAUCCGAAGAAACACGCCAAGAGAAUAUCUUGAUGUUGUACUACCCUCUUUUCACUGUUUCUUAGCAUUGUUACAUUUCCAUAUUAUUUUCUAUUGAAUUAAGUUUUAUAUUUCCUAGCCUGUGUACAGACGCGCUCCCCUAAAAAUAAACCGGCAAGAGAUUUUCGCCCGAAUUAAUUUGAGGGGAGGGGGCGUCAGUACAGAGGCUACAUAGUUCCCAGCAAGAAUGUGUUUCCUUAUUAUUUAUUCAUUUUAUUUUAUUUUUUUAUUUAGUAUUUUUCAUUUUGUUAUGCCAAAAUAGUCUGAGCAACAAAGGCUAAAAUCCUCGUUCUCAGGUUCUUCUCCUACUCGUCCAGAGGAGUAGGAGAGGACACUGAGAACGAGGUAGUAAACUGCUUGAUUAUUUUUCCACAGGUAAAUACCGCGGUACUGAUACAGGUGAUGCGUGAGAUAACGAAAAAAGUGACGAGAAAAGUGGAAAACAAAACACAAAGUGUGAAACUGAGAGCCGGAGUAAGAGCCUCUGCUGCACUUCUUCCUUUGCUCGGAAUCACGUGGCUGUUUGGUCUUCUGGGCUUCAGUUAUGAUACCAUCGUUUUCAAGUACAUAUUUGCCAUCUUCAAUUCUCUUCAGGGCUUAAUGGUCUUUAUUUUUCAUUGUGCGCUCAACGACAAGGUAGGCAAUUGAGGACUCCGGCUUUCUCUGCCGCCUUAGAAAUUUAAAACAAAAUAUUAAACCGUUUCCAACGUGUCCAACGGUUACAAAUAUGGCAGCUAUUGCGCUUGCGCGUUAAUCAGCCAAAGCUGUCAAUUUGUAAACGCUGGCCAAAAGAAACAGAGCACUGUUUGUUUGUUUGUUUUUUUUUUGAAGAUCAGGCCAGAAGUUAAACUUCUAAAACCCUUCAUGAUGUUUAUGUUGGUAAUAGAGAUACGCUAUAUACUGUGUAAAUGAACUCGGUUUGAUAUUGUUUUUUGACACUCUUGACUCUUUAAGUGUCAUAAAAAAGAAUCAAGUAAGCAAAAAUAAAACAAACAAACCAACCACUUAACUACACUGUACCUGAAAAUUAAAAUUUGAUAAGUGUAGACUCAUGCGCGAUCAUCCACACGAUCGAAGUAGGGUAAAAUAAGCUCUGCUCUGUAAGCCCAUUUUAUGGACUGAUGAUUAGUAAUAACUGACAUUUCACUACUAGGUUAAUAACCAUUUCAGUCAAUUAAAUAUAUUCAUCAGAAGACCGCCUUUUUCUUAUUUUCGAGGUGAAUACCAUCGAUGAUGUCCUAACAAAGAGGUAAUUGCUGUUGUGAUAAAUUCUAUGCCUCAGAAUAGAUUUCAUUUUUUUUUAACAGAUAAAGCAAGCUCUCAUAAAAGGGAAAAAAGCGCAUCAAGUCAACAGAGGUAAGUUAUUUUAUUCCUGCAAAACACAGAAAAAAAGAAAAUACUUUUGGAAGCCGGGGUAAGCCUUUCUAGUCCAAAGGACGAAACGUUUCCCUCUAUUUGUCAUACAUUUCUUCACUUUCCCUUUUUCCUUUUUCUGCUUCUUUGUAACACAAAUUUUAUUUCUUUUAUUGCAGGUACAAUAAAACGGCCAAACAGGAAUGAAUAUGAAGCGGGAGUGCCUCCGUGAAUACUUGAAAAAUCAAGGAGAUAAAACAUUAAAAGCCAAAGAUAACGGAUCUCUUAACCCUUUAAACCCUAAGAUCAAAAUAUGAAUUCUCUUUUGUCGCCCCUGUUCAUUUCCUACAGAAGUUGUGGAGAAGUUGAUAAAACAUCAAGCAAAUUCAUUUUGGGUGAUCGUGUCCGUAAUUCUCACGACCGCUCUGUUUAACAAAACAUUGAUAUUACAAAGAGAAAUUUGAUGCUGAUCACUCUUAGGGCUUAAAGGGUUAACUGAAGCCGUUACCAUUUUUGUUAAACUACGUUAAUAUCCCGGGGGGGUACUGCCAUAUAUGGGCUAUAUAGGUAUGUGCCGCUGUGAAGGGUAUGGUUUUCAAGCAGUUUACUCUGGGAUAGGGUAUAUAAAUCAGAGCGUUUGGCUCUAGAAUAGGGUAUCAUUUUUCAGGAAACUGAUCAGUUGGUUGAAGAUUUUAUCGAGACUAGGUACACAGCUACUCUAGGAUAGGGGGAUUUGGGGAUUUUACUCUAGUAUAGGGUAGCAAAAUUCAGCUGAACUAGCUCUGGUAAAGGUUAAGGGGUACCCCCCCGGGGUUAAUAUACAGAGGUCGUCGAGUUUCACCUUUAUAUUUAGACAAUAGAAUUGCCUAUCCAGGUUUUUCGUCUCCAGAGUUAAGACUAAAUAAAACAUAAACUGUUAAAUCAAUGGAAUUUUGUCUUUUCUGGCCCUAAUAUCUAUCGGAGCUUUAACAUUUUUUUUAUUGACUGAUUACUUUAAUCGUCAGCCGAGCGCUGAUCGGGGUGCUAUCAGGGUGCAAUGGCUUAGAACCAACUGUCAAAUGAAACACGUGAGAUGGGG